AUGCUUGGAUGCGCCUCCGGGACAAGACUGAAGUACAGACUGACUUUGGUGUCAGGGCUGCUGGAAUGCCUCUGCUUUGCUGGCGUUGUGUUUGGUUGGGCCUCGCUGGUGUUCGUCCUGAAAGCGGACGGUUACUUCGAGGACCUCUGUUCCAACGUGACAGAAUCCAACAACACACUUCUGGAUGAAGACUGCAGUCGGCAAGAUGAAAAAUUCGCCUUGGUCUUCACCGUUGCUUCCUUCCUGAAUAACUUUAUGACGUUGCCCAUUGGCUUCAUCUUCGACCGCUUUGGGACCUUGGCAACAAGGCUUGUGGCAAUAUGCCUAUACACCUCAGGGACGGCAUUGAUAGCAGCAUCCAGAGCUGCUCUUUCUGUGUUGCUCUUCCCAGCUGUCUCCCUGAUUGCUGUGGGUGGGAUUUUGCUGCUAGUAACAAAUAUGCAGGUGGGAAACCUCUUUGGAAAGCAUCGAUCUACUAUCAUCACCCUUUACAAUGGUGCCUUUGAUUCUUCGUCGGCUGUAUUUCUUGUCAUCAAGGUGCUGUUUGAGUUCGGAAUCUCUCUGCGACUGUCCUUCAUCGUCAUGUCCGCAUGCAGUGUCAUCCAUGUGCUUCGCACCAUAUUCCUCCUUCCUGUUAAGCACAUACCACACCCUGUUCCAGAGGGCUACUCGUACGGCUACAACGUGGAGAAGUUUGAGAAUGCCCGAACAGAGAAGAACAUGGCCGCCAAGAGACAGAUGGGCAGAUACAGCGAUUCCUCGCAGCCCGGUAAGCACAUGUGGAAAACUGCUUAUGGUUUGUCGCCAGAGAUGAGUUUCCGGUCCUGCGUGGCCUCCUGGCUGUUCGUCUGGCACCUGCUGUGGCUGUCCGUCAUGCAGCUCCGACACUACCUCUUCAUCGGCACCCUGAACCCCAUGCUGAACCGGCUGGCCAACCAAGAUCCCACCCUGGUGAGUGAGUAUACCAAUGCGUUUGCCUUCACCCAGCUGUGUGGGGUGCUGUGCGCUCCUUGGAACGGCCUCAUCAUGGACAGACACAAGGGCAAGCCCCUGCCCCCAGAGAUGUCCGAUCGGGAGGCUGACCUUCGCUCCUCCGUGCUCUCCCUCUUCCUGACCUCCCUGCAGUGCCUGCUGUUCUCCGUCUGUGCCACCUACCCACUCCUCCCCCUCCAGUACCUCACCUUCGCGCUGCAGGUCAUCAACAGAUCCUUCCUGUAUGGCGGAAACGCCGCUUUCAUCAGCAUUGCGUUCCCCAGCCAACACUUUGGGAAGCUGUAUGGCCUCGUGAUGUCACUGUCGGCUCUCGUGUCUCUGCUUCAGUAUCCCUGUUUUGCCUUGGUCAAGGAAUUUGAUGGCGAACCCUUAUAUGUUAACAUCGGACUCACUGUGCUUACCUUGGUGGCCUUCAUCCACCCCCUGAACGUCUACUUUCACUGCAGAAAAUGUGCCGGAGAGAGGGAGGGUCCCGACGGGCCACUUUCAAAGUCCUCGGAGGUAUGCCGUGAUCUAGACAGCAUUCAGAUGGAGGAGAUGGAGUGACACCAGAACAGUGCUGAGAGAUGCUAAUACACUGUAGCUAAAGAGUAGCCUAGUAAACAUCAAAGACGGGUUAAGCAAACUUUGAAGACGAUACCAAUAACACAGUUGGCACUGAUAAACUUCUGCACUAAUUAGCCAAAUCUUUUGAUAAAAGAUUGCCACAGGCAGUCUUGUCAGGAAAUAAGUCCACUGCAUUGCUACAUCAUGGGUCAGUAACGUUUCAGCUGUAGCACACACGAGGGUAGUGCAACGACAGCCAGUGCCACCAUUGUAUGGAUCUUUUGUUUGUUUGUUUGUUUUUAAUGGACUAUCUAAGAAGCAUAUUCAUUGCAGCAUAUCAACCACCAAUUACUAAUUAAUUUAUGAGCAUUAGAUGCCAUUGCGUCACCUGACGUCUGAGCCCAAAAAAUGUCUUUGACCCACAUACAGUAUAUAGCUGCUCACUACUACCACUAACCACUACCACUGACCGCUAGCCUGAAGCAGUCGCGUGGUAACAAGAUCUCUGACGUAAACAAUCAUGCUGUAUGUAAAUAUGUAAAAAAAAUGAGAGAGAGAGAGAUGUGAAAUCAUGUGAAAAUCUUAAAAUUAUACAUUAUGAUAUCAUAUUUGAUUAAGUGUGUCUCAUUGAGAGUAUUUUUUUUAAUCUCUGGUUUCAAGCUCUUAUUCUUAUUUUUAUGAAAUUCAAAACUAUGCACCAUGUCUUAGUAUUUUUCAAGUCCUCCACAACUGUGAGGUGGUGGUCUUGCAAGCAAUUUGUAUGGUACCCUUCACUUAACAGUCAGGUUUGCCAAGCACAAUUGUGGAUUUUGUAAAUAUGAUUGUUUGAAUUUUUUAAAGAUGUGAUUUUCAAUAUUUCAGUAUUACCAGUAUUUGUCAGUUUA